CAAAUUAAACUACUACACAAACGAUUUUUCAAGAGAUCGUUCGACUAUGAGCGCCCUAAAAUUUAGUAAGUUUGAACUUUUUAAAUUUAUAACGUAGUGAGUAGAUGCAAUAUGAACUUGAUUUUUUUUUUGUAGUAGUCAUUUUGACAUUCGCUAAUUUCGCCUACUGUGACGAUAAAUUAGUAUUUCCAGAAAACUUUUUGUUUGGUGCCGGCAGUAGCGCAUACCAAGUGGAAGGAGGAUGGAAUGCUUCUGGUAAGCUAUUAAAAUUAUUAAUAUUUAAUAAGAAAGAAUGCAUUUUUUUUUAAAUCUAAGACAUUUCUUGUUUCAAAAUAAAUUUGCUAAAAUUUAUCGAUUUUUACUUUAAGUACAUAUUUAAAUAUAAUUGAAACCUACAUAACCUACGAAUCUACGAUUAUAAAACUAAAAUAGAAAAAUAAUGAAAUGAUUUAUAUUUAUAACGAUUUAAAAAAAUCGUAGGUAUAAUUCUAUUGUAUUAUCGAUAGUUACGAUAAUAUUUACCAAGAAUUAUUUUUGGAAUCGGCAGAGUGUAGCAAAGAAGCUAUAGUUUUACAAUUUUACUAAGAUGUGUUUUAUUGGUUCUUAGAAAAUUCUUUUUGUUUGUAAAAGUGCUCAGAAUUUUUUUUUAAAAGAUACGUAAUAUUUUCCAAAUGGUAAAAUAUUUGAGACAUUUUUCAAGAUUCCUAAUUUUUGAUCUAAACAUAUAUAUAUAUUUUAAUGUUUUUUGGGGAAGUAUAUAAUGUAACUACUUUACUCAGUUUCACUACACGAUCUAGAUAUAGAUGUAUAAUUUGUUGUACUUACGUACAAUUUACACGUUUGAAAAAUCAGUGCUAAUAAAAAUUCAGGCGAAAACAUAUAGAUCGAAAAUCCACCAUAUACAAUUGUGUACAAUCAUUUCGUGAUUUACUUUUAAACUUUCGUCUUUUAAAUAUUUAGGGCGGGCUGAAGGUGUAUAUUACAUAUGUAUAUUACGUAUGUAUAUUACUUAUGUGAAACUAUAGUGAAAUGUUUUAGGAUUAGAUAUGUUAUGAACGAAUAUUAGCGGUAAUGUAAGUAAAACAAAUUACUAUUAACGUGGCAUACGUUCGUCCAAGGGUAAAACAAAAUAUUAAUAUUCUGUUGAUAAAGUAUGAUAAAUAAAAUAUUCAUAGUUUAUUUCGACAUUUUUAAUUAUAUUUUGUUACAUUUUCAGACAUUAUGUUUAAUCAGUGUAUAUUUUUUUAUAUGUUAAUAGUUCCGCUUAUAUUUUUCUUAGCUCAUUUUGUUUUCGUUUAAUUGCUUACACGCAUUUGCGUUCGCUCUUUUGCUUUCGAUCUUGUGUCAUAUAAACUAAUAAUGAUAUAUUAUACAUUAUCAUUAGCUAUUGUAUAUAACAUAACAUAACGUUAUUAAUUCGUUCAAAUUAAAAUGUCAAACCUUACAGAUGGACCGAUAUUACUUUUUACCGGUACCCGAUAUUUAAAAUUUAAAACCAUGAAUUGAUAUUGAAAUAAACGAUAUAUCGGGAAUUAAAGACGGUUUGUAACAUAAUUUUUUCAUAUUUUAUCCACAUUACAGACAUUGUUUUCUGAACUUAUUGGAUCAAAUAUCGAUUUAAAAAAUCCGAUUUCCCCGAAAAUUGGUUUAUGUUUUAUAUAUUUUAUUUAUUAAAAGUUGAUACGUUUUUUUAAAAAAAGUGCAAAAAGUUAAUUUAUAAUAUGAUCAAUUUUUUAAUGUUAGAUUAUUCGACUAAUUUGCAUAGAAUAGUAUUUUAGAACGUAUUUAUUGUAGUUAUUUUUAUACUUUGCCAUUAUUUUUACUAAUAUGGCUAGAUUUCCCCGAUUUUUGUUUUAUUUUAUUUUUAAGGGUUUAUUUAACCGGCCUACCCCUAUCAAAUCAUUAAUUAAAAGUAAUAAUAACACCAAAUAUUAUUGGGGUGGAGAAAUAACCGAAUGCUGACAGGAAGAUUGCAAUUUAAUUGGCCACCCAACAGUAAAAUAGGCACCAUAAUAAUUGUAAUACACUCGAUUUCAAUGUUUAAACUCUUUAAUUUACGAGAGUAGAGAAAAUAUAGUUAGUUAUAACUAAUACCAUUGUAUCAAAAAAAAAAAAAGUAAAAUUAAAGUAAUAAUAAUAUCAUUUAGUUUAUUAAGUACGUAUAUUUUAUUAAUGUUUUUAAACAAAUAAUUUUAAGCACUAUUUCGUUGAACUUAAAAAACUAUACACCUUGGUAUGAUAGUUACAAUUAGUUUUUAACUAAAGUUCAUCAUAAAAUGUUGCGUGAUAAUAUUCACAAUAAUUGGUUCUAUUUUUCGAGUUGAUCGAGUCGAUUUUAGAAGUCGAGUACUCUAGAACCGACGAGUAUUUGAAAUUGCACAAAUCCUCGAAUAUUACAGUCACUUGUGACUGGUGGACAACAUCCAUAGGUGGUUAUCAAUAGGAAAUUAGAAAUGGGAUAAAUAUAAAUUUCCUUAUUAUAAAACUUAAAAACAAAACAGUAAAAAUUUAUUUUCAACCUAAUCGACAUUGUAUUCGCAUAGAUAUAUCUAUUUUUGGAGAUAUUUUAUAUGCCUAUAUAGAUUUUACAUAUUUUGUUUUUAAAUAGAAUAACACUUGAGAAUUUGUAAAAAGUUUUUAAUUUUUAUAAACUUCAUAAUGAUAAUGAUCAGAUUUUGGUUAAAUUACUUAUAAAUUAUCAAAUAGGGGGGAAAAAAAAAUUAAAAUAGAAGCAUGAUGAUAAUUCAGUGAUUAUAAUAUUAAAUCAUACAUAAAUAAAAAAAAAAAUUAUCAGAAAUGUUAUGUGAAUAUCACUUGUUUUAAAGCAUUUUUGCACGUAUUUAUUGUAGGUAUUAUUAUAUUAUAUGAUCACUGAUAUUUCUCAAUACAAUAACUUAAAUUCUUACUUUUGUUCUACUUUUAUAGAGGCUAACUUUAGGUCAUCCAAAAAAACACCAAAACGAGUGCUUUAUUAAAACCCCGUUUUAAGUCUUCCGUACGCGUAGUAAUAUUAUUUUUACAUAUAACUAUUGAAAUGUUUAACAUGGCGGUUACUUUCGUAUGGGUAUACAGGCAAAACCGAAAGCAUUUGGGAUGAUUUAUGUCAUUACAAGAAACAUUUGAUGUUUUCGAAAAAUUUCAUACUGAAACAUAACAGAAGCACUACACUGGAUCCAACCAUAUUCUACGGUCCUCAGAAAAUUUCCAAGACGCAGCGCAUCGAUGAUUUCAUGGAAAUGUGGUUAGAAUAUGAGCCUUCGGUACAGAACUCAGUCCUUUACAGUAGUACUACCAAUGGUAGCAGUCAGACAGACCAAGUCGUAAAGAAAACCGCAGAGGAAGAAGAAAUCUACGAAGUGUUACAGCAGAAGCCACAAGUGGUCGGCUACUACAAAGGAGUGCCCAUUUACGAAGAGUUGCCCGAAAAAUUGUUGCGACGAUUUCUCCAAUUGCCUACGGCCGAAGAAGUUCCCUCGGAAGUGUUGUACACCAUGUACUCGGUGACUGACCCCGAUGUGGAUUCACCCACCGGGGACAUAGCUUGCGACUCAUACAACAAAAUCGACGAAGACGUACAAUUGCUCAAGGAUCUCGGGGUGAGUACACAUUGAGUUCAUAUGUUUUGUCCCGUUUUAUUUUAUAGGUCGCUAAAAAAGUUUUUAUUUCGAUUUAUUUAAAAAAAAAAAAUGUUUUUACAUUUUAGUCAGUAAACAUGAAAUUUUAGCAUACAAACGAUUGUGAAAAUAUUUGAAAGUUGAAACACCCCAAAUGUAUAUCGUUCUGAUUAUCAACUAGUCAUAUACAAAAUGUCAUCUAUAUGCUGGCGGCUUCAUUUGGGAAAGUCUGUGGGAGUGUACAAAGCAUAAAAACACUCUCAUACAGAAACAACAUGGUGAAAUAUAUAUUUAAUUUUAACAAGAAUUUGAUUACUUCAAUUAGUCUGAAAAAUAACUAACUUCGAGGCUCAAGUUUAUUUCCGGAAAAUGCUAAAAAUUUCCCGAAACAGAGGAACAAAUGCAUUUAUAAAUAUAUGUAUAGAAUAGCUAGAAAACAAUACAAUAGUUUCUAAAUUUGGGGACAAUCCGACACAAAAAAUUAAUUUAUUAUAUUAAUUAAAUUUAACUUUUAAAACCACAUAUUAAAUAUUAUUGUUGCAGGCAAAGGUAUAUAGAUUCUCGUUAAGCUGGACGAGAUUAUACCCCAAAGGAAAUUCUAGAGAAUUUAAUCAAGCCGGUAUUGACUACUACAAUAACUUAAUCGACAAACUUUUAGAGAACAAGAUUCAGCCUUUUGUGAGUACAUUAUUAUAAUCAUUAGUAAAUAAGAAAUUCUUAUGAAUACGUAGUGGUGUGGUGUGCGAUAAUUGUGUCGUGUUUAUAUUAUCAUAUGUUCAGUACACCUACUUCCUAAAUAGAUUAGUUCACUACACAGUUAACUCUAUUCUACUGCAUUUUAAAUGAACUCCAAUCAAUUAUAAUGUGAUCGUAUUGUGUACAUAUAAUAAAUAACGUUUGCCGAAUUGUUCAAUAUACACACGAUUAUUUAUGAUAUUGGUCCAAAAACUGUGUUUAAAAUGAUUGGCUAUAAUUGACUACGGGUGACUGCAAUUAUUUUUAACGUGCCAUGCCAUUGUAGAUACGUUUAGUAUUCAGAAAAAUAGAGGCGUUAUAACCAUCACCGUUUCAUCUUAUUAUUUAUUUACUUUAAAAAUACUUUAGAAAUACAAUUUCUUGGAGGUAGAAGUUUUGAUCUAGUUAGUUUAUUAUGAAUUUCCCUUUGGUUAUCCUUGUAGUUUUCUCAAUUAGGGUGAAUAACUGGUAAUUUCUGUUGAAUUUUAUGUUACUCAGGUAACAAUGGUAGAAAUAUGAUAAAUAAUAUUCUGAUCAGAAUCGUAUGUUAUUUGCAAUAGGUUUUUGUUGCAUACAGAUAUAAAUUGAUGUCAUUUGAUCGUCUUUCUAAAUUUCCCUUCUUAAACAGUGGCAUACCUAUCAGCAAUAUGAGCUUUUUUUUUACCAAUAAAGUUUAACUGUUUAACAUAUAAAAAAUACUUGUAUAUUUAGGGUGAUUUAUACUCGUUUUAUUUUAAUACUUGAAUAUACCUAAAACAUCCUUAUAUGAUUUGUUAAAUUUAGGUUACGAUUCAUCAUUUCGAUUUACCAAGACAUCUUCAGCUUAUCGGUGGUUGGUCAAACCCGGUUAUAGUAAAUUAUUUCAAAAUUUAUGCUGACUUUGUUUUCAAUACAUUCGGUGACAGGGUAAGCGUAUAUUUUUAAUUAUUAUUAAAAACGAUCCUGUUUUUUUUUCUCAACACACUAUGUUCGUUGUUCAGGUUAAAUUGUGGACAACGAUUAACGAGCCUACAGUGGCUACCGAAGGAUACAAGUCAUAUAGAGCCGCUCCAGCAUUCGGACAAAAUAUGAGCGGCGUAGCCGAUUACUUAGCUCUGCACAACAUAAUUAUUGCGCAUGCUUCUGUAUAUCGCCUUUAUGAAUCAAAGUAUCAAGCGAAACAAAAAGGUAUACAUGAUUUGAAUAGUAGUGAAAUGUAAAUAGUACACAAUCUCUAACAUCUUAUAAUUUUAUAAUAUUGUUUAAGAUGUAAAUUGUUAACUCUUUUUCAUUCGCCUAUUAUACCUAAAAUAAUCUCACAUUGUCUAUGCACAUAUCGACAUUUAAAUAUUUUAGUGUUUAUUUUUUGUUUUAUACAGGAAAAAUUAGUAUUAAUGUUGCGGGAGAUUGGUAUUUUGCGAACGAUAAAACCAAUCAAGAUGACGAAGAUGCCGUCGAAAGAGUAUUAAUGUUCACGGUAAUACUUUUAUUUUUCAUAUAUUUUUUCAGAUACCUAGUGAAUCAACGAAUGUAUUGGUCUUACAAUACGAUCAAUUUUUUUUUUAUUUUUUUCCUGCGGACAACUUUUCUACCAGAAAUUUCGACCCGAAUACAAUGAUAAAACUUUUCCUAAAGGAAAUCUGACUCAGGAGUUACGUUGGGAAAGUCAUUUUUAGAUUAAAAUUAUUUGAUGUGCCGUAAUUUUUUUUGUGAUUUUUUUUCGCAAAAAAAAAGUUGUCCGAUUAUUUUUAAAAUUUUACCCCGUCUAGGUAAGUCCAAUAUAAAUAAUAUUACCAAGUUUGAAGUCUUUCAAACAAAGUUUCUUUUGUAACUAAAUUACAGCAGUAGCUCAAAAAUUUUGGCCAUGAUAUAAUGGAUAUGUAAAUUAUUUUAUUGUAUUUGAUGUACAUAUUGUUGACAAUGUAACACUAUCAACCGAACUCAGCUCAGAUUCGUUUUAUCGUUAGUAAUGGUUAAGCGUUAUUUACAGAUAGAUAUUAAAUUACCUAUAACCGUGGCUGCACCCGUUUCAAUUAUCCUAGGACAGAUUUUCUUAUUGAUUUUAUUUUAUGUAUUGAAUUUUGCAAGUUGAGUCUAUUAAGGAGGUAGUUUUUUUAUGUUCUUUGUAGUUUUAUUAAGAUUGGGAAAAAUCGGAAACACGUUCCAAAACGAGAAUAUAUACGCAGUAGCGGUUUAAUAAAUUAAUUGCAAUUUCGUUUAUUUGUUAUUAUUUAAUGAUAAAAAAUUUUAAAGACAAAGUCUUUUACUGAUUUUUUAUAUUAGCACAUUCUUUUAUUUUAUGGUAAAAUUAUAAAUAUAUGCCGACGUUUUAAAGUUAUUUACAGCAAUUCGAAAUUUUCGAGUUUUUUUAGUUUUAUGUGGAUACAAUUGUUUUGAUCCUGUAAAUAUAUAUAUAUAUAUAUUUUUAUAGGUCGGAAUUAUUCUUCAUCCAUUGACUUAUGGCGAUUAUCCAGAAAUAAUGCGAACACAAAUCAAUGAGGUUAGCGAUCGACUUAACAUCUCUAGCCGACGACUCCAGGAGUUUUCAGCAGAAGAAAAAAAACUCAUUACAGGUAUACGAAUUUGAAAAAUGUAUGCGUUUAACACUUGUAUACCGCUUGAACGAGCUUCGUUUAUACCGUUUGAGGGAGUUUAAUGGGUAUUCUGGGUGAAUAUAAUAAGUUCAUUAACGUAAAUGACUUGAAUACUAUACACUCUAGGAAAAUUUAGUGUAGCAAUAAUUAUAAUAUGGUUUUUUCUUUUUUGUGUUUGUGAAUAAUUUUGCUACGAGAGAACUACCUAAGUAUCAAGUGUAGUACUUUAUCUGAACGGUAAUUUUCUUAAGUUGGUACUUUAGGAGGGUCAUUUAUUGAUUUUUUAAGAGUUUUUAAAAUAAUUGGGAAAAUCCCGAAAGAAAAUUAUAGGUAAAACGGCUUAAAAUUUGUACACAUUAAUUAUGUGUACUUUUUUAAAUUUUUUGAAAUUAUAUAUAUAUUUUGAGCCAUAUUGUAACUAUUUAAAAUUGAUUAGAUAUUUUAAUUUUAAAAAUUUUAUACUUAAUUUUUAUUUAGUAGGUAUUCUAAAAAUAAAAUUGUUAGACAGAACAGAAUUGCUUGAUUAUUUGACAAGAGGUUCGUUAAUGUCGUACUUAGUAGAGAAAAAUGAAAUUGAGUGUUAUGCAUUUUUUUUUUUUUUAUAAUAUGUUUAAAUUCAAAUUUGUAUGAAAACCGUAAAUAUUACGGCAUUUUAAAACAUUCCCUCCCUUAUCUAUAACGUAAUAUAGUUUGUAUUUAUGUAAUAUUCAUGGGAAUAUUUUUAUAUCGAUAGGAUUAUGAAUUUUCGAGACCUUUUUUAUUUGGUUUAGGUUUAAUUUUUUAUAACAAUUAUUAGUUUUAUACAUGAGACCAAUUGGCAUAUUUACCUAUAUUUGUGCGAGUAAAAAGAUAAAAAAGAGUAUUUUUACUUACAGGUUCCUACGAUUUCAUAUCAUUAAAUCAUUACAUGACAUUUAAGGUAUCUGCAACUAACAUAACAGAUGAACAUAAUAUGACUCUUAGUGAAAUCGACGCAGGUAUAAAAAGGACGAUAGUCAAAGGCGAAGAUUUAUUCGUAAAUAAUCCUUGGUUCAAGGUAAUAUGCAAGUAUUAUAUUAUGUCAUGUAAAAUUUCAAAAAAAUUAAAUUUUGUAUUUCAAUGGAAGUAAAAUAUAAAAAAAAAAAAUAAUAUUUAAAUUUGAGUUUUAAAUAGUCUGUAAUGUUUAUAUGAUAUCUAUCAGCCACACAGUUAUUGUACUUAUAUGUACGCACUCUCCGUUAGUUGGAUUAUUAUUGUGUACUAAUUUUUACUUAUUGUGUAAAACGUUAAACGUUUUUUGUUUUCGCAAUUAUAACCGAUCAAUUAUAGUUACAUUUAAUUAUAAUUUAAUUAUAAUUUUGGUAUCUUAAUAUUAUUUGUAUCAACGAUGGUUUAUUAAAUUUUCAGACCGUACCAGAAGGAAUGAGUUCGAUUUUAAGGUGGAUUGAUACAAAAUAUAAAAAACCCGAAAUUAUGAUUUCCGAAAACGGAUAUCCAGAAAUAGAAAAUAUCGAUUUGGCUCCAGAAAAAUUGGAUUAUCAUUAUGUUUGUAUAAUUAUAAUACACUAUAAUAAAAAAAUUAAAUAAGGAAUACUAUUUUAUAAAACAAUUACCUAUGUUUGAUUCAUUUGCUUACUUAUUCAUAGGGCCAUCUCAAUCACAUUCUCAAAGCAAUUAAGGAGUAUCAAGUUAACGUCACAGGAUACUGCGUAUGGUCUUUGAUGGAUUCGAUGGAAUGGUUAAACGGUUACAAGUAUGUUUAAUAAUAUUUUAAACAAGAUGUGUUGUAGAAUUGCUCGUAUAGAAUAUUGACGUGUUUCUCAGUUCUAUCCACAUAUAUUGAUUGUCACUAAUGCCACUGAAACCAGUAAAACUUAUCCUAACGGGCAGUAGGACCCAAAUUGGGCAGUAGGAACUAUCAAAGGUAUAGUUGGUUUCGUGAAUGUGGGUACUUAUUUUAAAAUUAUAUCAUUAUUUUCAAAAUGAUAGUUUUAAGAGACUGCUCGUAGUUCAAUUAAAAAUUUGAAAUGUUGAGCUUUUCCAUUGCUCCCACUCCCAGAUUAUGUCUCUAAUGUUAUUUGUCGAUUAUUGUGUUUUGUGUAAACUAUGAAACGUGUAUAAUUACUAUUUUUUCUUUUCCUUAUAGAUUGAAAUACGGGAUUUUCCAUGUGGACUUUAACGACAUCAACAGGAAACGCUCUAAAAAGAAAAUAACCAAUUGGUUCAUGGACGUAUUCAAAAAUCACACACUCGUUCCGCCGCCCAAGAACCUGUAAAAAUAAAGCGACCGACAAGGAGUACUGAUUUCCGUGACACUGCCUAUCACAUAAUACGCUAAUGAGAGGGAGGAGGUAAGGGUAUUAACCCUACAUCCCCGGUAGAUUAAAUCAUAGCAUUGUAUUACUUAGCAACUACAAAAUAAAAAUUGCAAUUUUCGUGUUUUUUAUGAGUUUUAAAGUAAAUC